GUUUCUUGCAACUUUCGCUCCAUCUCUCUCUUUCUGUUCUACAUUAGAAGUUAGAACAAUGUCUUUGACUUUUGAAUUUUCCCUCCUCUCUCUCUCACAUAUAUGCAAAACAAGAAUUCUUCUUUUCAAACACUCCUGCAAAAUCAAAGGCAACCCAGGCACACAUACAGCUCCAUCUCUCUCUCUAAAAUUUGCCCUUUUUUCCCAUACAAGUAAGUCUUGACGUUACAUUAAAUUAAAUUCAUCAAGGUGUAGAUACAGUUACUCACAGUUGUUGCUGUAGUGUUUGUAAUUUUCUCAUUUCUGUGGGAUUUCCGUAUUUUGUUGUUAUAGCUGAGUUUGAAGUAGUGUUUAUUGUGUUUUUGGAGGUUUUAGCUGAGGUCAAAAUCUGGGUAUUGGUUGAACCUUUGAGCUUUGCUGAAGUUGGAUUCUGGGUAGUUCAAAUUUAUUACAAGUUUAGAACUUUGGUGGUUUUGAUUGGGUAGUUUACAGAAUUGAAUAUCUGAAAUUUUUGUUAGUUUUGGGGUGAGGUGAGAGAUCUUUAUCUUGUUGUGGCUAUAUGUCCUUGAUAGAGUUUCAUUCUGAUCUGUUGAAGAGGCCUUUGAUCUUCAUGUUAUGGCCUGGCAACAGCGCCCACUUUUGAUUCCUUCCCCAAGAACUCCAGGAGUUGAAGAACUUCCUUAUACACCUGUUUUUAUUGAUCAACUGAAAGAGUCUAAGUCUGUUUCGAAUACCGCCAAAUCGCCCUUUGGAAUGGAUUCAAACAGCCAUUCUGAGAUUUCCACAUUCCCUGAGUCCUUCCACAGUUCAUCUCGGUCUUCGAAUAGGUUUAGGGACUCUAGGGCGGGCUCGAUUAAGGAAGAGAGUUUUGGCGGGUUAGGAUCAAGGGGGACGAGACAUGGAUCGUAUGGGGCUGGCUCAGAGGGGUUUAGCAGGUCCCUGAAAGAAAUUAGUGAUGAGGAUGCCAGAUUGGUAUAUAUAAAUGAUCCUUCCAAGACCAAUGAGAAUUUUAAAUUUGCUCGGAAUUCAAUUAGGACGGCAAAAUACUCCAUCAUUACCUUCCUACCACGAAACCUCUUUGAACAGUUCCAUAGAGUUGCAUAUAUUUACUUUCUUGUUAUUGCCAUCCUUAAUCAAAUACCCCAGAUGGCAGUUUUUGGUCGAGAAGCUUCUAUUCUUCCAUUAGCUUUUGUACUAUUAGUUACGGCAGUUAAGGAUGCCUAUGAAGACUAUAGGCGGCACGGGUCUGAUAAGGUUGAGAAUCGUCGAUUGGCUUCGGUUUUGGUAAAUGGUCAAUUCCAACAGAAGAAAUGGAAAGAUGUAAUGGUAGGGGAAAUCAUCAAAAUUUCUUCGGGUGAACCUAUCCCUUGUGACAUGGUGCUUCUCUCAACGAGUGAUACAACUGGGGUUGCAUAUAUCCAGACAAUAAAUUUGGAUGGAGAAUCGAAUUUGAAGACACGGUAUGCAAAACAGGAGACACAAAUGAAAAAUCCAGAAACGGAGAAAGUAGAUGGAUUGAUCAAGUGCGAGAAGCCCAGUAGGAACAUUUAUGGCUUUCAGGCAAACAUGGAGGUAGAGGGAAAGCGUGUUUCUCUCGGACCUUCCAAUAUUAUUCUCCGUGGUUGUGACCUCAAGAAUACUGCUUGGGCAAUCGGGGUAGUAGUAUAUGCUGGCCAAGAGACAAAAGCAAUGCUGAAUAACUCGGGAGCUCCAUCCAAACGGAGCCGUCUCGAGACUCGUAUGAACCGGGAGAUCAUUAUCCUCUCGUUUUUCCUCGUUGCACUGUGUACUGUCGUCUCUAUUUGUGCUGGUGUUUGGCUGAGGCAUCACAAGGACGAUCUUGAUAUUAUCCCUUUCUUCCGGAGAAAAGACUAUUCAGAAACCGAGGUUGAGAACUAUAAUUAUUAUGGUUGGGGAGCCCAGAUAGUAUUUACGUUUCUUAUGUGUGUUAUUGUCUACCAAGUCAUGAUCCCUAUAUCAUUAUACAUAUCCAUGGAGCUUGUUCGUAUUGGUCAGGCUUAUUUUAUGAUUCAAGAUAACCGGAUGUUCGAUGAAGCCUCGAACUCAAGGUUCCAAUGUAGGGCGCUUAAUAUAAAUGAAGAUUUGGGACAAGUAAAAUAUGUUUUCUCCGAUAAAACUGGCACAUUAACUGAGAACAAGAUGGAAUUUCAAUGUGCAAGCAUUUGGGGAGUAGAUUAUGGCAGCACAAAGUCCAGUCUUGUAGAAGAUCAAGUCCCAUACAAUGUUCAAGUGGAUGGGCAGGUUUUAAGGCCGAAGAUGAAGGUAAUGGUGGAUCCAGAGCUUAUUAAAAUCUCAAAAGCUGGAAAACAAACGGAUCGAGGAAAACGUAUUCACGAUUUCUUCCUUGCCUUGGCUGCUUGCAACACUAUUGUUCCUCUUACUGUAGAUUCAUCGGAUCCAGCGGUGAAGUUGAUUGAAUAUCAAGGAGAGUCUCCUGAUGAGCAGGCAUUGGUAUAUGCUGCAGCAGCUUAUGGUUUCAUGCUUAUCGAACGAACAUCUGGGCAUAUUGUUAUUGAUAUUCAAGGAGAAAAGCAAAGGUUCGAUGUUUUGGGUUUGCAUGAGUUUGACAGUUAUCGGAAGAGGAUGUCAGUAAUAUUAGGUUGCCCCGAUAACACAAUAAAGCUUUUUGUCAAAGGCGCUGAUACAACCAUGUUUAGUGUAAUCGAUACAUCGUUGAAUUCGGACAUAGUUCAUGCAACUGAAUCACAUCUCCAUUCCUAUUCCUCGAUGGGUUUGAGAACUCUCGUGGUGGGAAUGCGAGAACUGAGUGCUUCUGAACUUGAACGGUGGCAGUCUUCUUACGAGGCAGCAAGCACUGCUGUGAUUGGAAGGGCAGCUUUACUUCGUAAAGUCGCUACUGAUAUUGAAACCAACCUUAGCAUAUUAGGGGCUUCGGGGAUCGAAGAUAAACUGCAACAAGGCGUGCCAGAAGCAAUCGAGUCUUUGAGAGAAGCAGGCAUUAAAGUUUGGGUUUUGACGGGAGACAAGCAAGAAACUGCGAUUUCAAUUGGCUACUCAUCUAAGCUUUUAACGAGUACGAUGACCCAUAUUACGAUUAAAAACAACUCUAAGGAUUCGUGCAAGAGGAGUUUGGAAGAAGGGUUGAGAUUGACUAAGAAGCAUGCUGCACAUAAUUCUGAAGCAAACUCUGUAGCUAGUACAAGUUCAGUUGCCUUGAUCAUUGAUGGAACGAGCCUUGUUCAUAUCCUUGAUAGUGAACUUGAAGAGCAGUUGUUCCAGCUAGCUAGUAACUGUACUGUGGUACUUUGCUGUCGAGUAGCUCCGCUGCAAAAAGCUGGUAUUGUUGCCCUCAUAAAGAGCCGAACAGAUGACAUGACCCUCGCAAUUGGAGAUGGUGCUAAUGAUGUUUCAAUGAUCCAAACUGCUGACGUGGGGAUUGGUAUCAGUGGCCAAGAAGGUCGGCAAGCUGUCAUGGCAUCGGAUUUCGCGAUGGCCCAAUUCAGAUUCUUGGUCCCUCUUUUAUUGGUUCAUGGACAUUGGAACUACCAGCGAUUGGGCUACAUGAUAUUAUACAACUUUUACAGGAAUGCUAUUUUGGUUCUUGUCCUAUUCUGGUAUGCACUCUUUACGGCUUUCACUUUAACUACAGCCAUCACUGAUUGGAGUAGCGUGUUGUAUUCUAUAAUCUAUUCUUCACUGCCUACAAUAGUUGUUGGGGUUCUCGAUAAGGAUGUGAGUAGAACGACCCUUCUGAAGUACCCUCAACUUUAUGGAGCUGGACAGAGAGAAGAAAGCUACAACGGGAAAUUGUUUUGGGUGACGAUAUUGGACACUGUAUGGCAAAGUGCAGUUGCCUUCUUCGUGCCUCUAAUUGCAUACUGGAAAAGGGAUAUCGAUAUUUCGAGCCUUGGCGAUCUUUGGAUACUUGCAGUCGUUAUUUUGGUUAACCUACAUUUAGCCAUGGAUGUAAUUCGGUGGAAUUGGAUCACUCAUGCUGCCAUUUGGGGAUCGAUUAUAGCAACUGUUAUCUGUGUCAUUAUCAUUGAUUUAUUGUCAUUUCUUCCUGGUUAUUGGGCCAUCUUCCACGUCGCAGGGGAUGCCACGUUUUGGUUGUGCUUGAUUGGUAUCAUUGUAGCUUCUCUCAUUCCACGAUUCAUUGUUAAAGUUUUCGUUCAGCACUUUAUGCCUAGUGAUAUCCAGAUUGCGAGAGAGGAGGAGAAGUUUGGGCACAGAACAGCGUCUCGAGAUGCAGAAAUAGAAAUGAACCCAGUUUUCGAUUCUCCUCAACGAUGAGUAUUUGUUCUUCUCCCCCUUCUUUUGUAAAGUUUGUCAAUAUUUACGUUGCAUAGUCGAUUUUCCACUUUGCUGCCAGUUUUUUGUUUGCUUCAUACAUAGGUCAGCAUUCUUUUUUCUUGUUGUUCUUUAAGCACUGUAAUCAUAUAUUAGCCAUAGUCACAAAAGCAUUCUUUCUUUAAUUUUUUUUUGUACAACACAAAUCAUAUAGUGAGCAUUAUGUAACAGGAAUCCAUGUUAAUAGAAAAAGCACACAUGAGUUUUCUGUUUUCUCUUGAAAUCUUGAAUACAAUAUUGUUGUCUCCUCC